AUGAGCAGCGGUUGCAACUGUCCGGUGACCCAACCGGGACCGACGUUGGCCAGCACGUGCGGCGGGUCGGCGUUCAUGUUGUUCAUGGGCCUAUUGGAGGUGUUCAUCAGAUCACAGUGUGACAUCGAAGACCCGUGCGGCCGGCCGUUGAACAGAGCGUUGCCGGACAAUGAGUACGACUUCAUCGUCGUGGGCGGCGGAACGGCUGGCAGCGUGAUGGCCAGCAGACUCAGCGAGGUACCACAGUGGAAAGUUCUGUUGAUUGAAGCGGGUGGUGAUGAACCAACCGGCACACAAGUUCCGUCAAUGUUUCUUAAUUUUUUGGGUUCGUCAAUCGAUUGGAGUUAUAAUACAGAACCUGAAGAAAUGGCAUGUUUAAGUAGUCCGGAGAGAAGAUGCAACUGGCCUAGAGGAAAGGUGUUGGGCGGUACGAGCGUGAUGAACGGCAUGAUGUACAUGCGGGGCAGCCGACACGACUUCGACGGCUGGGCCAAGAUGGGCAACCCGGGCUGGAGCUACCAGGAAGUGUUACCGUACUUCCUCAAGUCCGAGGACAACCACCAGGCGACCAUUAUGGACGCCGGUUUCCACGGAGUCGGUGGUCCACUGCCGGUCGGACAGUUCCCGUACCACCCUCCGUUGUCGCACGCCAUCUUGCAGGCCGGUCUGGAGCUCGGCUACCAGGUGCGCGAUUUGAACGGGGCUCUGCACACAGGUUUUGCGAUCGCGCAGACCAUGUCCAAGAACGGUUCACGGUACAGCUCUGCUCGAGCGUUCCUGCGACCAGCUAAAGAUCGAUCCAACUUGCACGUGAUGCUCAACGCCACGGUGACUCGAGUGCUCAUCGAUCCCAAGAAGAAGGCUGCAUACGGCGUGGAGGUGUACAGCGGGGCGGACGGACGGAAAAUCUCGAUCAAUGCUCGACAAGAGGUAAUCGUGUCCGGCGGUGCGGUCGCAUCGCCACAGUUGCUGCUGUUGUCGGGCGUCGGGCCAAAGGAUGACCUGCGAGCAGUCGGCGUGCCAGUCGUGCACGACCUACCGGGCGUCGGCCGAAACCUUCACAACCACGUGGCUUUCUUCGUCAAUUUCCGCAUCAAUGACACGUCAACGACGCCAUUGAAUUGGGCUACCGCCAUGGAGUACCUAUUGUUCCGGGACGGACUCAUGUCCGGUACCGGAAUAUCCGAGGUGACCGCCGUGUUGCCGUCCAAGUAUGUAAACCCCGCCGACGACAAUCCCGACCUGCAGUUCUUCUUCGGCGGUUACCUAGCCGACUGCGCCAAGACCGGUCAGGUAGGCGAGAAAUCGGGCAGCGGCGAGGGCGACAGCCGCCGCGUCAUCAAUAUGAUACCGGCUGUGUUGCAUCCCAAGAGCCGUGGCCAGCUCAAGCUCAAGUCAUCCGACCCACUCGCGCAUCCUGCAAUCCACGCUCGUUACCUGAGUCAUCCCGACGACGUGGCUGUGCUGGUGGACGGCAUCAAGUUAGCGAUCCGGAUGUCCGAAACUCCCGCCCUCCGCAAGUACGGCAUGGAACUGGACCGGACGCCGGCGAUGGGCUGCGAGGACUUAGAGUUCGGUUGUGACGCGUACUGGGAGUGCGCGGUGCGCCGGAACACCGGGCCGGAAAACCACCAGGCCGGAAGUUGUCGGAUGGGUCCACCCAGCGACCCGGGCGCUGUUGUCGACGCAGAGCUCCGCGUGCACGGCAUUGAUCGGCUGCGAGUGGUCGACGCUUCUGUGAUGCCGGCCGUCACGUCCGGAAACACCAAUGCUCCGGUGGUGAUGAUCGCCGAAAAGGCGUCGGAUAUGAUCAAGGCCCGGUGGGUGGGCCGAAAGCCGUGGAGCAAGUGGUAAGGCGACCGAAUGGCGGCCGAGCGGCGACGUCCUAUUUUAAUAAAUUUGUAACACUAUUGGUGCUAGAAUUGUUAGAAAAUCACAAAAUAAUAUUAAAUAUUAGUUAGUAUACAUAGCUUAUACACGGACGCUAAAAACAAAUACAUUGGAAACUAUUUUCAUUUCUGUUUUAUAGAUUAAGAAAUAUUUAUUGUAAAACACUAUUAAAAUAAGCAAAACACAAUAUCACCAAUAUUAGCAUAACAUAAUUUAAUUGACAACUGAUAUCUAAACGGCCGGGUUAGGUUAGGUAAUGGCCGUAACUGACCGUAAACUCUGAAUAUCAAAAAUUAUAUUUUUCAUAUAAUGCCGUUGGUUCUAAAUUCUCUGUGAUGAUGACAAUAAAUCGAAAUAUUAUUCAUGAAUCUUAUGCAGAUCAUAGUUUUAUUCGAAUUAAGUUAUAAAAUUUUAUUUUUUUUUGAAUUUACAUGUACAGGCAUAUAAUAUAUAUAUAGUUCUGUGCAUAUUUACAUUUUAAAUGCAUUAUUAUUGUAAAACCAAUCCUGGCAAUCCUGUUCUCGGCAUUGUAUUCGAAAAAUUGUUCAGGGCUCGCCUUAAUGUUUUGCCUCCGCACUACCCCACCACAAAUCAAUCACUUCAUUUAUAAAAAAAAAAAAUUGUAUCAUCACCUGACACCUUAUAUUAUGUACAUCGGUUUCGUACUGCACGGCACAACAUAUUGAUAAUAAGGUCGCCCUUAUCACAAUAUCAUAUUGUUUUAGAUCACGAUCGUGUCAACGCAUCAAUAAAUCUCAACGCUCUAUAAUAUAUCACUAUCUAUAAUAAUAUUAUAUUAUUUCUCAUUGUGUAUAUAAUACAAACACCAUUCGCACGCUCUAUCACGCCGACAACGACGAUGAAAUCACUCUCUGUAAAGUCACCGACAAAUAUCCGUUUGGUUUUGCUCUUAUUGGUUGUAUAUGUGUGUGUUUUUUUUUUUUCUAGAAGAUUAUUGUUAUUGUUUUUACAGAAAGCGGUCCCAUUGUACGUCCACGUCCCGCGACCGGCCUUCAAGUCGUCGCCACCGAAUAUAUACACCUAUUUAGGUACCUACCUACUAUAUUAUUACGUAUACGACAAUACGACACGUUUACGAGUUAGAGUUACGAGCUCGGUAUGUUUGUAUACGCACUAAAAUUAGUAUACAGUUAUUCGUUAAGUCCUACUAUUUACAGAGCACGCUUUUAAUAAAUGUAUCGAUUAAUUAAUAUUAUUAUUAUCGUUAUUGUAUCAGAACGUUUUAUAAUCAUAUUACGUAUCUAUAGUUCUUAUUAAAAUGAUAUUUUAGUUGGUAGCGUAACGUAACGUAUAAAGUAUAAUAAUGUUAUUAAAAUAUAUUAAAAUGCCAUGACGAGAAAUUAUAGGGCCAUUAUUAUAAUAUUUAAUAAUGUUAUUAAGAAGCGAAUUGGCCAACAAAUAUUGUAAUAUUUAUAUACGUGUGUAUAUUGUUAAGUAUAUUUGAUACAUUAUAUUAUUAUUUUGUUUAUAAUAUCAAUACGCUCAUACAUAAAGCUGCGCGUUGUGUUUUAGUCUUUAGUUUGGCAUUGUAAAAUGUACAAUGGUCAAUGAUCAUUAUUUUCACCUAGGUACCUAAAUUAUGUAUGUCAUAUACACAAGUAGGCAACAUUUUAGGAAUCACUUUAUUUGUGAUAAAUCAUGACAAAAUAAUUGGUUUAUUCUAUACUGUGGUUAAGUGAUAUGCACAAUUUUUUUUUUUUUUUAUCGUUGUUAAAACAUGCACUAAACAUAAUUAUUAAGCACAUAGACCUAUAUUAAUUUAUGCUACAUUAUAUAUUAUAAAUAAUAUUAUUAUUCUAUCGUCAUAUUAUAUUGUAUCAGAAUAUGCAUUUUAUUUAUCACGCAAUAGUUAUAAGUAUGUAUUUUAUCGUAAUUUAAUUCUUUCAUUUAAAAGACCAAAAACAAAAUUUAAU